UGACGUCACCGCGCCGCUCCCCGAGGAGCGAAACAAACAUGGCGACAGAAUGGAGCGGACAGGGCUACCUGCUAACUUUAGUCGUAGUCCUUUGGAGCGCUGUGGGGGGUCGAACGGAGACGACGAGCGUGGGCUGGAGCCAGAUACUGGGUAUGAGACUGUUAAGGAGCAAUAAACCAGCCACAAUCACCGAGGACGGUGUCAUUCAGGUGACGGAAGAGAGCAGCGUCCAGCUCAGGAUUUACGGGCUGCAGCUCAGUUCAGAUUCCGCGUCUCAGAUCCGGUUCGCGGAGCUCGGUGAAGACGAGGAUGACAGAGACUCGGUAAACAGGACUUGUGUCGAUUUUACCAAAGAUAUCAGCGUCGGAAGUUACAUGAACGUUAGCAGUCACGGGACAUCAGGUGUUGUGAGUGUAAACGUUAAGCCGCUCCGGAAAACUGAGCGCGAGCGUGUGUACAUCACGUGCAUCAGGAACCAGGAAGACAAGUGGCACCCGCUGUCAGAGAACGACGGUAAGCUGCGAGUUGUGGAGGAGAAAACUUCUCUGCUCCCUCUGUGGCUGCAAAUCAUCCUGGUGUCAUGCCUGCUGGUCCUGUCCGGUAUGUUCAGUGGACUCAAUCUGGGGCUCAUGGCAUUAGAUCCGAUGGAGCUUCGCAUAGUGCAGAGUUGUGGCACUGAUAAAGAAAAGAGUCAUGCACGCAAAAUCGAGCCCAUUCGUAGGAAGGGUAAUUAUUUGCUUUGCUCCUUAUUGCUUGGGAAUGUGUUUGUAAAUACCACGCUCACAAUUCUGCUGGACGACCUUAUUGGAUCAGGCUUUGGCGCAGUAGUGGCUUCCACUGUGGGCAUCGUGAUUGUUGGGGAGAUUGUGCCACAGGCACUUUGUUCUCGCCAUGGUUUGGCAGUUGGAGCCAACACCAUCCUGCUGACCAAGUUCUUCAUGCUCCUCACCUUCCCGCUGUCAUUUCCCGUCAGCAAGCUCCUGGACUGCAUUCUGGGCCAAGAAAUUGGUACAGUUUACAACCGCGAGAAGUUGGUGGAGAUGCUGAGGGUGACGGAACCGUACAACGGCUUGGUCAAGGAGGAGCUCAAUAUGAUUCAGGGUGCUUUGGAGCUUAGGACCAAAACAGUGGAGGUUGUCAUGACACCACUGAGCGACUGCUUCAUGAUCAAAUCUGACGCUGUGCUGGACUUCAACACCAUGUCUGAGAUCAUGGAGAGUGGCUACACACGCAUUCCUGUCUACGAAGAGGAACGCUCCAACAUCGUUGAUGUUCUGUAUGUUAAGGACUUGGCUUUUGUCGAUCCAGAUGACUGCACGACACUUAAAACGGUCACCAAGUUUUAUAACCACCCGGUCCACUUUGUCUUCCAUGACACCAAACUGGAUGCCAUGUUAGAGGAGUUCAAAAAAGGCAAAUCUCACCUGGCAAUAGUGCAGCGUGUGAACAAUGAGGGAGAUGGAGACCCUUUCUACGAGGUGCUGGGUCUGGUGACACUGGAAGACGUUAUCGAAGAGAUUAUCAAGUCAGAGAUCCUGGAUGAAUCUGAUCUCUACACUGACAACCGAAACAGAAAGAAGGUGGACCCAAAUAAAAACAAGAGGGACUUUUCAGCCUUCAUACAUGAAAGCGAAUCCAAGGUGAAGAUCUCUCCCCAGCUGCUCUUAGCUGCCCAUCGCUUCCUAGCUACUGAGGUGAUCCUUUUCAAUCCUCUACAGAUCUCGGACAAGAUUUUGUUGCGAAUCCUUAAGCAUCCCGACGUCAUCCAGGAUCUGCGGUUCAAUGAAAAUGACAAGCGCUCACAGCAACACUACUUGUAUCAGCGUGGCAAGCCAGUUGACUAUUUUAUUCUCAUCUUGCAGGGUCGGGUGGAGGUGGAGGCCGGCAAUGAGAACAUGAAGUUUGAGACUGGUCCCUUCUCUUAUUAUGGAGUCAUGGCGUUAACUAUGUCAUCCUUGGCUGUCACCCCCCCUCUGUCCCCCUCCGUGGUGCUGCCUCGACCACGGCGCCUUUCUCUUAAGAGGUUUUCUCUGUUCUCUCGCUUCCCAGAGUUUCGUUCACCUUCGCAUCUCAGCGGGCUGAAUCGCUCAGCUUCUGUGAGCUGCACUGAGAGGGUGGAUGCACUGUCCACCAGUGGCAGCACCUCGCAGCUCAACAGUGCCUCCACGCCCCAAUACGUCCCAGACUUCAACGUGCGUGCCCUCUCCGACCUACAGUUCGUUAAGGUCACUCGUGCACAGUACCAAAACGGUCUUUUGGCCUCCAAACUAGACAGCACACCACAGUCCCCGCAGAGCAAUCACAUUAGAUUGGACAGCAUGCUUGCACCAUCCCUGACUCCGCCCACUUCUUCCACGACCUACAGCACAGCACCGGGGUCGCUCCAAGAGGGACCAAACGAGACCACGACACUGCUGAAUGACAAAAACAGCCUGAAUAGUCACCGGGCUACCCAAACACAGUCCUACUCUAACUCCAAUUCCAACUCAAACCUCAACACCAGUGCUAAUACUAACUCCAGCCCUCACCCUCUAUCCAACAACCACCCUCAGUCACAGAGUUACCCCAACAACCCAAGCACUCAGACACCUCAUUUGCACAUUCACACCAUUAGCCACGCACACACAGAGAGCACAAUCUGACAAAACACAUGAGGAGCCGUGGUUGGCACGAGGCUCCAGAGAGGUCCACACUGAUCCAUAAACACGUGCAUACAUACACACAAAACAAAUCAAAAUGUGUACAUGGCCAUUUACAAUCUAUAUGCAAUCGAACACAGAAGCACUUACACACAUGAACUUUGGAGCAAGCCUUGUCUUUUCUUCCAACCCUUCCUGCAUGGCAGCUUAUGUCCAGUUUGAUGGGAUUUCAGUGGAACCUAGGUGUCUACAGCAAGAGACUUUAGCUUUUUGUUCCUACAAAGCGGCUGUAGUUUGAGAAACCCCAAGUUCGUUAAUAGGUCAUAAGGACCUUUUUUUUUUGCAUGUUGAUCAGAUAUGCACACCUUUGUCUUCAAUAGUUUGGAUAAGUCUUUCUGUUGCAUGCAAUGGCCUAAAAAUAUCAACAACACACGUAUUCAUUUUUCAAUGACGUGGCAUUAUACAAGAAAUUAUAGCAAGAUGUGCACUUUUUGUAACCCUUAGAAAUCCACACCAAAACAUUCAUGUCUGUAUUUUCCUGUUUUGAGGUUUUAGACCAUUUGCUGAUACAAAUGGAACCCCUGGUGAACCCUGUACAGCAUAAGUGUGAAUUUCCACUGCUUUACUUGGUUUAUCAGUUUGUCAUCGGUUUAUCAUGUGUACACUGCACACCAUGUGUUCUCGAGGUAGAUAAUGUCACACUUGUCACGCUACAGUUUGGACUAUAUAUGUCAACCAUAGUUAUACAAAUCAUUACAAAUAUUCUAUAUAUAUAUAUAUAUAUAUAUCUCAAUACUAUAUUUGAUAUUUAUUACAGUAAAUACCUUUCAACCCUGAAGCCUAGUGGCGGUUAGAAUGGAAUAUGUGGAAUGUGUAAAUUAUUAAAUAUUUAUUUGUGCCUAAAUUAAUGUGUAUAUAGGAUUCUCGACUUUUGAUCCAGAAUUAAUGUUUUAUGUUUAGAUUUGAUCAGUUUGGCUGGGCACAUCUGUAUUUAUUUCUUUUUUCUUUUUUUUUUUUUUCCAUUUAAUAGGCUAAACCUGGUCAAAACUGUCCAGUACCAAAGCACAGAUCUUUUCCUUAUGGAAGUUCUUGUCAUUAGCAAACUUGUUUAGAAUGAGGAGUCAAAAUUAGGAAUACAUUCCAUUGUAUGAAAUCAGCUGUAGCUGAUGUAGCUGUAGACACAAUCCACUGUGACUCAAACCAAACUUUAAAUUCUGUGUUUUUCUCCCCUCACAUGCCAGACUGGAAGCUAGCUUAAAAUACGGGAAAUGUUUAGCUAGUCCUGAAGAACUAGAUGUUAUAUCUAUGUAGCACAUUCAUUAGGACCAGUGACGUGUUUGAUUGAGCAGGUUAUAAACCGUAGUGUGAACGCUGAAUCCGGAUUAUUGAUUACUAACACAGCUCUAGCGAAGAGGAAAACCUCCACAGUUUUCAACAGCAGUACCGUGUUCAGUUGGUAUGACGGAGAGAAUCUUCGAUUCCUUGUGUGGAGUAUUCGCCAUAGAGCAUAGUAACAGUUUUGUCGUUCAUGUUCAAGUUCCUCAGUUCAAACACUGUUGUUACAUCAAGUUGAAAUCUGUUGAACCAGGAGGAAGGAUGUUACUCAGUCAAAUCAACAAUGACCUAAUAUGUUUGUCUGUAGAAAAGUCCUUUUUUAAGAGUUCAUGAGUUAUUUAUUAGUGUUUUGAUGCCUUUAUGAGAUGUCUAAAUAGCAAUAUACAGAUAGAUGAAUUCAAAGUUUCAUUAUAAGUAAAUUGCAAAUUAUAUUGUACCUCCAUUGA